AUGGGAUUCAACAAAGACUGUCUAUCACAGUCACAUCGCACUGGUAACUAUAUCUAUUGGAUACUACAUUACUUCACCCAAGAUGACCGUAACUCCGUCAGUCUCUGCAACAUAUUCAUAUGUCUAAUGUGCUGCAGCCUACGUACCCCCCGUACAGUCGGUGACCUCUUUGGGUUUUUCUUCUCUAUUGGUGAGAAUAUGAAUAAUGGUGGUAGUAGUUCCCCUAAGGUCGCUGAGGCCAUCAAAAAGUCAGCCGAGAAUAUACCAUGGAAUUCCGAUGGUUCCUGCUCCAUGACUGACGCUCUCAAAACCCUAGCUGGCAGCAAAAGUGACCAUAACGGUACCUCUCACCCCGCCGAUGCCACCCUCUACACCCUACAUUACAGCAAAUGCACAACUCCCCAAACCUGCGGUUCCUAUCUCGACCCACUUGCCUCGAACAUCUAUCCCAUCAUCUCAGCAUCCUUCGCUAUGUCCAAUCUAUCACGUAUUGUCUAUCUCGCAGAGGUUUUAUACGAUGGUCUAAAACAGUUACAGAAGGAUUUCCAAAAACUGAAGUGUAAGCAUCAUAAUAAACAAAGUUGCUCCGACGGUUGCCACGAGUCAAACAGUUGCCAAUGCUCUGUCGUCGAAUGCAGCGAAGUGCUUGGUCUCUUAUACAGCUACGGCCUCCAUUACUAUUAUCCAGGAGAGUUGCAUAGCGACGAUGACAAAAAACGCACCUGUAAACAAUUUGCCACUCAACUCCAAGCAGUCAUCAACAACCUAUUCGAACCACUCCUCUCAGCCAUCAACCUCUUCCUCCAUUCCAUCCGCCAACCCUUCCUCCUAUACCUCCUAACAUUCUGGCUUGUAGCCAUUAUGUACUUCACCUACUCACUAACAAUACCUCUAGACCUCUUCCAUAUCCGCUCACAUUUGAGACCCGCUUUGUCCCAUCAAAUAUCCGUGUUGGCGUUAUUAUCACACAGGGCAAUGUCACCAACAAAGGUUGGCUAUUUCACACCAUAA